CAUUUUCACAACAGCUGGUCGUCGGAUAAGAGUCCACUCUUCUCUGCUCGAUCUAUUACUAGCAGAGAUCUAAAAGCAUAAACAACUCUUCCUCUAAAUAUUCAUUGGAAGAAAAAAGCGAUUUCGAGAAAAGGACAAUUAUGGUUGACGCAAUUGUGUCGUUUGGUGUUGAAAAGCUUUGGGAACUCGUGAGCGAAAAUUAUGGGAGAUUUCAGGGAGUUGAAGAGCAAAUUACUGAGCUAAAGAGUGAUCUGAAGAUGUUAAUGUCCUUUCUGAGUGAUGUGGAUGCAAGGAAACAAACAACUGAUCUUGCAAGAAACUGUGUGGACGACGUAAAAGAAAUCACUUACGAUAUAAUUGAAACAUAUCUUCUAAAGCGAAAACGAAGUGAAAGCAGUGGCAUCAAGAAUCAUAUGAGAAGUCUUGCUUGCAUUCAAGGUGGUCAUAGGAAGACUGCCUUAGAAAUCACAAGCAUUAGUAAGAGAAUCUCCAAAGUGAUCCAGGUUAUGCAGACUUUAGGCAUACAAUCGAACAUUAUUGAAGGUGGGUAUUUGCAGGCUCUACAUGAUAGAAAAAGGGAGAUGCGUCAUACAUUUCCUAUUGAAUCUGAAAGCAAUCUUGUUGGUUUGGAGAAAAAUGUUGAGAAAUUGGUUGAAGCUUUGGUGGGAAAUGAUAGCAGUCUUGGGGUAUCCAUAACUGGCUUGGGUGGUCUUGGCAAAACCACCCUUGCACGGCAAGUUUUUAAUCAUGAUAAGGUAAAAGAUCAUUUUGAUGGACUUGCGUGGGUGUGUGUAUCACAAGAGUUUACGCGGAAGUAUGUAUGGGAGACCAUCUUGAAGAAUCUUAGUCAUGGAGAUUACAUUGCUGAUAUGAAGGAAGACAAACUACAGAAGAGUCUUAGUCCUGCAGAUGAAGUUUCUGAUAUGAACAUAUCACAAAGGAAGAAGAUUUCAGAUAUGAAUGAAGACGAACUUCAGGAGAAACUCAUUCAAUUGUUGGAAACAAAAAAGGCUUUGAUCGUCUUUGAUGACGUAUGGAAAAGUACAGACUGGGACACAAUAAAGCGAAUUUGGUUAAUUGCAGCUGGUUGGAAGGUGCUGCUUACUUCUCGCAAUGAUGAUGUACAUCCACAAUGUGUCUCCUUUAAACCAGAAGGCCUAACUCUUGACGAAUAUUGGAAACUCUUACAAAUGAUAGUAUUUCCUAAGAACGGCACAACUGGAUAUAUAAUUGAUAAAGAUAUGGUAGAAAUGGCUAAGGAGAUGAUUAAACAUUGUGGAGGACUACCAUUGGCUGUCAAAGUGUUAGGAGGGUUGUUAGCUGCACAACACACAUCGCGUCAGUGGAAAAUGAUAUCUGAGAAUAUUAAAGCUCACAUAGUUGAAGGGCGGAUUAGUUCCAAUGAUGACGAUAGCAGUACGGUUAAUCAUGUUUUGUCUUUGAGCUAUGAAGGAUUGCCUAGUCAUUUGAAGCACUGCUUACUCUACCUAGCCUCUUUUCCAGAAGAUCAUAAAAUAAAAAUAGACAGAUUGUCUUAUGUCUGGGCUGCAGAAGGAAUAACAAAUCCUAGGCAUUACGAUGGAGCUUCCAUUCGACAUAAUGCGGAUCUCAACAUAAAAGAGUUAGUGAAGAGAAAUAUGGUUAUUUCUGAAAGAGACGUGUUUAUUUCGAGAUUUGAAUAUUGUCAGUUGCAUGACUUGAUGAGAGAGAUUUGUUUGUUAAAAGCCAAGGAAGAGAGCUUUAUAAAGAUUGUUAGUGAUCCAGCCAGCAGAUCACGUAGACUCGUUGUGUUCUGUACAGACACUUUUAAUGGAGAGAGGGACAUUGAGAAUUCCAAACUUAGAUCUCUCUUGUUUAUUCUAGUUUCGUAUCGGUUUGCGAUGAGAUCAGACUUCAUGAUGUUACCAUUGUUGAGGGUUUUAGAUCUCAGUAGAGCUAAAUUUGAAGGAGGGAAGUUACCCUCUAGCAUUGGAAAGCUCAUCCACUUGAAGUAUUUGAGUUUAUAUAUGGCAUAUGUAACUCAUCUACCUUCAUCUUUGCGGAACCUGAAGUCGCUGCUCUACUUCAAUCUAGAAAUUUAUAAUCCUCGAGGUGACGCGCAUUACGUGCCCAAUGUCUUCAAAGAGAUGCUAGAACUGAGAUACUUCUCGUUACCAAGGAGAACAACUAGUAGGACAAAGUUGGAAUUGGGUAAUCUAAUCAAAUUGGAGACGUUGAAGAAUUUCUCAACAGAGAAUAGCAAUGACGGAUCUUCACUGUAUGAGAAGGCUAAGGAGUCUCCAGAUCUUAAUCAGUGGCGAGGAGUGGCGUAUGGAAACUCUAUCAUCAACUCUAAGUAAAUUGGGACACUUGGA